CUUUCAUGAUUGGUUCACCCUUCAAUUAUCUGCCCAGAACCAUCAUACUGAAUCCAUCAAUAUAAUCUCAGCUCUUUUGAAAUCCCUUCACAUGCACGCCCUUUUCUUCAGACCCCGCCUUGAGUCCAUCCAUCUCCGUUGAGAUAUGGGUGUUGCCCCUGUCAAUCAAACUCCUUCUCAUCGCAGGCUCUCACACUGCUCCUCCGCUUCCUUGCGCUGCUGCUGCACCCCUUUCUGACAGCUACUAGUACCGCUUUCUCGAAGGCAACUGGACGGUGGAGAAUCCUCGUUGUGGAAGAGAAAGGAAUAGCCUUUGUCGGAUUUAUUCAUUGUCCUACUUCGAAAGUUGUUUAUCGGACGAGAGACAGACGGUUUUUGGAAGUAGUUCUGAGGCAUACGAAAGUGUAAAGGAAGGCUUUUUAAAUUUUUUUACCCAAACACAGUAACAUAAAGAGGCAUAUCUACCGUUCAUGGCUGCUGGGGAAGGUGCCCAGCUGCCGGCGACAAUAGCGGCUAGCCGGAGCGUGGAGAAGUCGGUCGAGGAGGCUGCGGCGAGCGGUGCUCUGAACUUGUCGAACCGUAAAUUGAAGGAGUUUCCCCGAACCGCCAGGAACUAUGACUUGUCCGAUAUUACGCGAGCAGACCUGUCAAAGAACCGUCUGUGUGAGCUGCCAGAGGAGCUGUGCCAGUUCAUCUCCUUGGAGACGCUCAGCUUGUAUCACAACUGUGUUCGCUCCCUCACCCCCAGCCUCUGCCACCUACAGGCUCUCACCUACCUCAACCUCAGCCGUAACCUUCUCUCCAGCCUGCCCCCCUCGGUCUGUCAGCUGCCCCUCCUGCGAGUCCUGAUCGUCAGCAACAACAAGCUGUCGGCCCUGCCCAGAUCCAUACACACCCUCACACACCUCAGACAGCUGGAUGUGAGUUGUAAUGGCCUGCAGUGUUUGCCUGUGGAGCUGGGUCAGCUGGAGUGCCUGAGAGAUCUCAACCUGAGGAGGAACCAGCUCACUACGCUGCCAGAGGAGUUGUCCGAGUUGCCCCUGGUCCGGUUAGACGUGUCCUGUAACCACAUCUCCCGCGUGCCCGUGUGUUACCGUCACCUGCGCCAACUCCAGACCAUAAUCUUGGACAACAACCCCCUGCAGCAGCCGCCCGCCCAGAUCUGCUCCAAGGGGAAAUACCACAUCUUCAAGUUCCUCAACAUCGAGGCCUGCAAGAGGAGCCAGGAGGAGCUGGAGAGAGCCCUGAGACCUACAGGGUUUAAUAGCUGUCUGUCGGACCAUGAGUUGUUCUCAGGUCAGUAUGGAGGUUUGGACUCUGGCUUCAACAGUGUGGACAGCGGCAGCAAGAGAUGGUCUGGGAACGAGUCUGCGGAUGACUUCUCGGAGCGGUCCCUGCGCAUGGCUGAGCUCACCAGAGACCAGAGGAACCUGGAGGAAGAGGUGGAGGACGACUCUUCCCUCACAGAGACCCCAGACACGGUGAAUGGGGAGGCAGAGCAGGUGCAUUUCAUAGACCGCAGCGUCACCGAGGAGGAGGAAGAGUGCAGGACGAAUCGUCCCACUCCCCCCUCCACAGCGCCCCCGCAGGAGAAUGCAAAGGAAUCCUCACCACCUCCCCAAACACAAGACUGUUCUAGAAGCAGGUCCAGUGUCAGUGUGUCACACCCGUCCCCCUCCAGUCCCACCCUGGAGGAGAGGAGGAGACCAGGUACCCUGCUCAUCUGGCAGGAGAGAGAGAGGAUCCAUCAGCGGAGAGACCACACGGCCAGAGACAACAGUUUACUGAAGACUACAACGGCCAAAACAGGAAGCCAUGUGGCGACGCUGUCACAGACAGGAAGUAGCUCGAGUGGUACCUCACCAGAGAACAGCCAGUCCCAGAACGGGCUCAGACAGCGAUGUGCGAGUGCAGAUCAGAUGUCAUUGUCUCACGUGGCACCGGUUCAGCGCUCUGUUAGCCGAUCAGACGGUCCGUCGUCUCCCAAGGCGUCGUCUCCUCCAGGCCUGAGCCAGAAACCCAACAGCUUCCUGUUCCGCACCUCGUCUCGCUGCAGCGUCAACAGCCAGGUCUCCAUCUCAGGCUCCACACACAGUCUGGUGGAGGCAGGCCGCUCCAUGUUGCGGAGAGAGGAAAGGCCAGAUGUGGCACAGCUACGCAAGACUCUGGAGUCGAGGUUAAAGACCACCCUGCCAGAGGAUCUAGGCGAGGCGUUGUCCAAUGGAACGGUCCUCUGCCAGCUGGCCAAUCACAUGCGGCCUCGCGCUGUGUCCAUCAUCCACAUUCCCUCCCCAGCAGUGCCAAAGUUGAGCACUGCCAAGUGUCGUCUCAACGUGGAGAACUUCAUCUCUGCCUGUCGUAGGCUGGGGGUCCCUGAGACGGAGGUGUGUGUGUUCUCUGACGUGUUUCUCUGUAAGCUGCCUGCUGUGCUGCGCUGUGUGGAGGCCCUCGUGAAAUGUGAGGUAGAGGGGGAGACCCCCCACAACCCCUGCCCCUCACUGCUCUCGGAGGGCUUCCUGGUCUUCUACAUCCUGGUCAUGGUCCUGCUCUACACACUGUACCGUCACCUGGUCACAUAGAUACUGAGGACCCUGUUCUACACACUGUACUAUCACCUGGUCACAUAGAUACUGAGGACCCUGUUCUACACUGUAAUAGCACCUGGUCACAUAGAUACUGAGGGAGGGGGUGUGUGUGUGUGUGUGUGUGUGUGUGUGUGUGUGUGUGUGGAGAGAGAGAGAGAGAGAGAUGGCACGAGAGCGUGUGUACUCGGACUGACACUGACGUGAAUUUGACCACCUAAUACGAACAUUCACAGACAACCCGGAUUUAAAUAAUCCACCGUGAAUUCCCUGAAAAACGCAUACACAUGUGCAAAACACACACACACACACACACACACACACACACGCGCUGCUGUCCUGGUAUGCAGGGUGAGAGACGGGCUCACAACGCAGGAAGGACUGUCAGCUACCCCCUUCCAACCUCACAGCUGCUCUCGAAACGUACACAGCAUGAUAGUACACACUGUGUGGACGCACAACAGCUGGUGUGGCUGAGCACAACAUGGAACCAAAUAACAAAAGGAUCACUGAGUGUGCGUCCUUUUAACGUUUAGAGUAUGGCUCUGGCCCAUAUAUCGAGGCCCAUAUUUAUAUAAUCUGAUAUACCCUUUUGUAAAUACCUUUCUUGCGUGACAACCUAUGUGAAUGAAUAGCAGAGAAAUACAUUUUAGUGAAAACACUACAGUUCUAGUAUAGAUAUACAGAAACACUUGACUUUUUUACGGGCUUCCCCUACAUCCAUCAAUCAAUCACAUUUUAUUUAUAAAUCCCUUUUUUACAUCAGCAGAUGUCACAAAGUGCUUAUACAGAAACCCAGCCUAAAACCCCAAACAGCGAGCAAUGCAGAUGUAGACCGCCUUAGCCUUUAACCUCUGAUGCACAGCAUGUCUCUACGUCUGACUACUCAGAGAACCCGUUGUAACCCUUGAGGUGAUGAAGGACCCGAUGUCUAUCAAAUAAGAGGACGUUUUGUGACUCUAAGACUCAAAAAUUUGCUGAAAGGAUUGAGACAUUUUCUCAUGGAAGCCACUUUGGGAAAAUGAGACCAAUCACUAGUGCCUGUUAUGACUGACUUGACAGUAAUACUACUCACUGACCCAACGCCUUACACUUGUUUCUGCCUGCCGUGUCUGACUGUGACCACCAGGGGGCGGUGUUGCUACACACUACAUUACACCGACUGCUAUCCGCAAUGCUUUCAUGUCUAAAAACUGAAGGUACAGAAUCAUUUCCUUGUAAUGAUUUAUGGUAACUUGUUGUUGUUGUUGCUGUUUGUUGUUUGUUUGGUCACUUUAGACCAGCUUAACAUGCUUCAUGUUUGUAAAAAUGUAAACAACGAAUUAAAUUAUUUUUCUGUCGUAUUUAUUUUUUUAAAGAUUAUGUUAAGUCUUUUUUUUUUUUUCUCUGUUUGUUGCAGUGCUUGGAGAAAGAGAGCAUUGGCCUCAUAGAUAAAAGCUAACAGAAAUCAAUUGGGUGAAUUCGCUUCCUGAUUGAGACAGAUUACUGGUUUUAGCCAUUCAAUGGGACCACAAAUAAACAUUUAGAUAAAGAUAAUGGUUAGCUUGUGUAUCAAUCUGAUAAUUAACUUAAGUCUGAAUUAACUGUCAUGUGAUCUGCUCUUACAGUUUAGUCACUACAUUUCCCAUCAGCCCUAUUGUGUACAAUAUUGCUCUGGGUGCUCAUGGGAAGCUGUGUUUUAGUGCAUUGUUGAGGCCACUGCUUUCUCCAGCAUAAGGAUAUGUCAUAGCUUACUGGGUCCUCUGUGAAACAUCUGUAUGAAGUCCAAGCUAAUAGAGCUUGGAUUUGUUUAGCCUUUCCAUUUUUGGGCAAAAUUAAUGAGGAGAGAAUAGGGUUUUUGAAAAUAAUAUGUUUUUUUCCCCGUGAGAUAAUAUAAGUGACGUUAGCUGAUGAAGAUGAUCUCGUAGGACAAAAACGUAUAAGAUCUCCUAAGCCUUUGUUUACCACAGACCUUUUAUUUUCGGCGUUCAUCCCCAAAAAAAACUACAAAAGCUCCAUUACAUUUUCCCCGUAGGCUUUGUUCAACGAACCAUGGCAGAGUUGGUGCCUACAAAAAGACGCCAUUACUAUUUCUCUCUGCGGGGCACCUUGUCAAAAAUACUGAGGAGGUGUAACGCACACACACACACACACACACACACACACACACGCACACACACACACACACACACACACACACACACACACACACACACACACAGUGUAAAUAGAAGGCAACAUUUCACCUUGUAUUUGAGGUGUGUCUUACUCCGAGGUGUCAUCCCAAUACUGUAAUCAGGACUUUUCAUAGGACAGCGAUAGUAUGCAUAUUGAUAGAGCUUAUUCACGUUGUAUGAAGUGGGCAGGAAGAGCGGCCAUUUUGGUGGUUACAACUCCUCCUCCUUCUACUCCUGUGUCCAUAAGGGAUAUGUAGAAAUGUCUAUUUCCUCUCUUUGUCUGUUACAGCAUUUUUUGGCGCAUAACCACAUAGUCAUAGCCGUUGUUGGAAUUGCAUUUGCGAGAAUGUUUAAACCAACAUUUGUUUUAUAAAAAGAAAAAUGGUGGAACCACCACCAUAUUCACUGUUUUAGAACUGAAUUCUAGUUUAAAAUGUUAACUGAACAGAAAUACUGUUGUAUUUUGUAAUAUUUAUAUAAUACCUAUGUAUUUAAAUGAGACAAAGGAGUUUAUAUAAAAUCUAUUUUUUUUUCCUCUAAUGAAAUUAUUAAAUAAGGAAUUUAACCAUUUCCGGUGUCAUCGUCUGCUCUGAAGUUGUCUGCUUUUGCUGCUAAAAGUUUGUAACUGUAUUAUUCAUGUCGAGCUUCUGUUGCAUUCUGCCCUGCACUUAAAACUCUGCUAUGCUAUGUGGAUACCAGGUUUCGACUGUAAUGUGUGUGCCGCCCUCUAGUGGAGAAGGUACGUUUUGGCGCACGCAGCAGCUCGCACAGCAGAGGUAAUGAUUUGCAUCCUGCAUGUUUGGACUGUGGUUAGUAGAGGUGGAUCCGUUACAGGUCUCUCAAGUCUUUCCUCGAUUCCUUGUCCUCUCUCAAGCCCUCCACAAAUUGGCGUUUUCCUUAUUAGAUCGAACCAGGUACUUUGCGUUGCAACCUGUGUUUUCAUCACCUCCGUCUACCUACCUCCCUACAAUCAUUUUCUUUGACGUUCACGUGUCACUGGUCACAAGCUCCACCCACUGACUGAGAUUUUAUCCAACUAAUCACGUUUGGCCCUCAAACUCCACUGAGCUCUCGGCUCUUUUUCAAUUAGUCUCUCCUCGAAUUCCUCGCGUCCUCUCUUUCUCAAAAUGCGUUGGACUGAGGGGAGGGGCUUUGGACCUUUUUCCUCCAAUACGAUUUGAAGAGGAGAAGAGAGAGGAAUCGAGGCCCAGAUGGAUUGAGAAAGAGCCUUGGCCUCUUCAAAAGUUGAGCGAGAAGUGUGUGUCCUUUGGUUUUACACUGACGAGUAGAGAAAGAUUGGAGGAGAGGACGGGAGAAUUCAAGAAAAUACUUUGAAAGAGUCCAAUAGUACCUUUUCUCCCUUUCCCGACUAUGGUCUCCACUCCCUCCUCUUAUUCCGUGGUGGAUAAAGAAAUGGGUACUUCAUGUAGUGUGGUCCUGGUUGGAGCAUGCAGUGGAUGUAGCCAUCAGUGUACAAAUAUUAAAGUAGUAUGGUGGA